AUGGCAGCUUCUGUAGUAGUUCUAGCAGCAGCUCCAAUAGCAAAGCCUAACUGCCCCGACCGGUGUGGAGAUGUUAAAAUUCCAUAUCCUUUUGGCACUCGUAAAGGGUGCUAUCUCGAUCCAUUUUACUUCAUCAACUGCACAGACGAUAACUCCAACAAAACCCUCCAGCCAAUUCAUGGAAAUGUCGUUGUUCGGAGCAUUUCCCUCGAUGGUCAUUUUGAGUUCUCAGGGUACCCUGCCUCUGAAUGUUACAAGAAUGUGAAUAGCAUUUUUUACCGUAUAACUACCUUCGAUUCAAUUUCUUACACCCAAAACGUUUUCGUGGCCGUUGGUUGUGACACUAUUGCUUACCUUAAUGGUACCAAGAACGGUAGAAACUUCUCCAUGGGCUGCAUGUCUGUUUGUCAAGACAGUAAUGAUGUGGUCAAUGGGUCUUGUUUGGGAAUUGGGUGUUGCCAGGUAGAGAUUCCAAGAGGAUUAUGGGAUUUUACCAUCGAAGCAAGGAGCUUUUCUGGGCACAAAGAAGUAUGGAAGUUCAAUCCCUGCAGCAAUGCUUUCAUUGUUAAAAAAGAUGCUUUCAAUUUCUCCACCAAAUAUCUUCACGCUCUAUACACGAACAAUUCGAGCUUUCCGAUGGUCGUUAAUUGGGGGAUCGGAAUUGAAACGUGUAAAAUUGCUCGCUCAAAGUCGGACUUCCCAUGCCGAGGGAAUAGCAAAUGUUAUGAUGAUUUCGUCGACUAUAAUGGAUACCGUUGCAGGUGCAAUCCCGGUUACGUUGGAAACCAAACCUCCCCAAUGGUUGCCAAGAUCCCAAGAAGAGAAUAA